AUGGAAAACGCUAUUAAUUUUAUUGAUGAAAUUACUUUGCAAUAUAAUACUUGGUUCGAUGACUACACUUCCUCUUUGACUGACACAAAAUUUAAAGACGACCUUUCACAAACUUUGGCAGACCGUCUCCGUCUUGCUGAAACGGCGUUUGACAUCUCAGACGAGCAUUUUAACCUCAAAAUCGCCUUUUACAAAAAUUCUCAUCUUUUUCUCCAAAAACUCGAAAAUUUUGUCGAACUUUUUUCUCACAAAAUUUCCGACUUUUUCGACUUUCAAAAAAUUGCCACCGACGAACAUUUCGACACAAUUUCUGACGUUUUACUCAAAUUAUACAAAGAGAUGGACGCGACUCAAACGGACACUCACGACUCUUCUCGAAGUCAAUCGAACAUUUCCGAACUGCUAAAAAUCACAGAACAACGCAAAAGAGAAGUGAAAAGCAUUUACUUAGGAUGUUCGAGUGAAGAGGUAAGUGCAAUAGAGAGUAUGACAAGUAAGAGUAUGAGUGAAGUGUUGUUUGACUCGACACGAGAUGAUUGGAGUGUUACGACGAGUGUUUUUAAUUGUAAAAUUAUGUUUAAAAAUAAUUUGGUCUUUUUGAUCGAAGACGACAAACAGAACAUUUUUGGUGGUGUCUUUUAUGACCAAAUAGAUAUGGAAACUCAUUAUAUAAAUAGCUCUACCUCUUUUCUCUUUUCUAUUAUUAGAAACGGCAUUUUCAAACCUAAAAAAUUUGAUCUCAUUGGUGGGAAGAACAAAGAAGCUUUUGUAUUAUGUUCAAAAGAAAGUAAAUGGCUCUUUGUCUUUGGAAAUAGUAAAUCAAAGGAAUACGGCGAUAUAGGAGUCACUAAAAGAGGGGUGGAUGGUUGUUGUUGUGUACAACAAGACUAUACAGCUAAAUUUGGAGAAUUGGUUGAUGGAAGACAUUUUAAUAUCAAACGAAUACGAAUUAUCAAAUUAUUAUUAAAUUAA